CGUUGAACAUCAGGCGGCCCAGGGUAGUGUGGGCGCGCCAGGGGGCUAUGUGGUGACAUACGGGGUGUAUGCUGGAUGAUGAGAACUCGCUGAUGUGGCAUAUUAAGCCGAGGUGGAACCGCAUUCUGUUGUUGGUUGUGUUAAGGCAAGGACCGGUCAUCAUAAUUGCACAUCGGGUUACCAGUGAGAAAUCUGUGGUUGGGGGCAGCAUUUAUAAGGUUCUCCUGACGGAUUACCUAAGGUGCCUACCUGCAGAGGUAAGGACCAAGCUGGUUGACGAGGCCUAUGUCGAACAGCACACCUUCGCUUCUUUUAGUAAGAAAGCUCUGGACAUAGAGRCAAAGYUGGGGUCUGSKCAUAAGGUAUCUCAUGAUGGUAGGAAGAGACUACCCCAGGACUGGAAGAAGAAAGGUCAGUUAAUGUUCGUUGACCAUGAUGGUCAAACGACGGAGAUUGACGAAUUCCCAGACCUAGGGGAGUUGAGUCAAUUGACAGAGCAAGAUGGGGCCAACGAGACUUCGGGUGGGGGAGUCGUGGCGCCCAUCAAGGAAAAGGCUAGGGGGACCGGGAAGAAGAAGGUAGGACGGUCCACGGGUGACGGAGACCAAGGGACACCCGCAUGGGUGAAGCUUGGUUUGGAUUAUGAGGUGUGGAGGGACCGAGUUGCUAGGGGCACUUGCAUGAACUGUGGCAAUUAUGGCCACACGUCGCGCGUGGUAGAAAGGGAGGUUGUCCAUGCGAUAGAGGUUGUCCCAGGUAGCAAAGUGCCUAGAGGGCGAAUCUAUAGGAUGUCUCCUGCGGAGUUAGACGAGCUUUGCCGCCAGCUCAAGGAGCUCACAGAGAAGGGAUGGAUACGGCCUAGUACCUCCCCUUACGGUUCGCCAGUCUUAUUUGUCCCAAAGAAGGGAGGUCCAUUAAGGAUGUGCAUUGACUAUAGGAGCCUCAAUGCCAUCACCGUUAAGAAUGCGAAACUCCUACCCCGCAUUGACGACCUCUUGGACAGAGUGCAGGGAUGCUGGUACUUCACAAAGAUAGAUCUGAAGUCCGGAUACGAUCAAAUUGCCGUUAGGCCCGAGGACCAACACAAAACCGCAUUUCAGACCAGGUACGGUCUGUACGAGUUUGUGGUGAUGCUAUGCAAUGCACCUGGUACGUUCCAACACGCGAUGAACCGGAUAUUUUAUGAGUACUUGGACAAGUUUAUCGUCGUGUACCUCGACAAUAUUCUUAUCUUUAGUAGGACUGUAGAGGAGCACGCUGAGCACUUGAAAAUAGUGCUAGGUCUCCUAAGACAGCACCAGUACAAGGUAAACUUGGAUAAAUGCGAGUUUGGUCACACGAAGAUCUUGUACUUGGGUCAUGAAAUUUCAGCAGAUGGAUUGAGGUUUGGUCGCACCAAGAUCUUGUACUUGGGUCAUGAAAUUUCAGCAGAUGGAUUGAGGCCGGAAGAUGCGAAGGUGGCCAGCAUACGUGACUGGCCCAGACCUCAGACUGUUACUGAGGUCAGAUCGUUUUUGGGGAUGACGGGCUAUUAUCACCCGUUUGUAAAGAACUAUAGUACUACAGCUUCCCCAUUAACGGAUCUAACUCGACUUGACACCCCUUGGGCGUGGACUGAAGAGUGUGAGGCAAGCUUCAAGAAAUUGAAGUAUGCUCUGACACACUAUGAAGUUCUCAAACUUCCGGAUCCUGACAAGCCAUUCGCCGUGACCACAAACGCUAGCCAAUAUGGCAUAGGCGCGGUCCUUGCGCAACAAGAAGGGCCCAAGUUGAGACCGAUCGAGUACAUGAGUAAAAAGAUGCCUUCUCAAAAGUUGGCUAAGUCCACUUAUGAGAGAGAGUUCUACGCCCUGUACCGAGCGCUAGUUCAUUGGAGACACUACCUCCUAGGAAGAUUCUUCUAUGUGAGGUCGGACCAUGAGACUUUGCGUUGGAUUAAGACACAACCUGUGUUGUCGGACGCACUCAAGAGAUGGAUUCAAGUGAUAGACAUGUAUGACUAUCAACUUGACCCUAUCAAGGGUACGUACAACAAGGUGGCUGAUGUCUGGGGGCACUAGUAACAGAGAUUGGCAUAUCUAGCGAUUUGACUCGAUCAUUGGUGGAUGCCUAUCAGCAAGAUCCAGUUAUGUCCGAGAUCAUUCGUAGAUUCAAGGCAAAGGAUAAAACGACUUUGGGCGA